UGCCAACUCCUUCCUGGGCCCCCGAGUAGUUCCCUCCCUCCCUUCCCCCGAGGUUGCUAGCAGAGCGCAAGCGUAGGACGCGGCUGGCGUCCGCCUCUGCGCAGGCGCCGUGCCCCUCCCACGGCGGUUGGCCAUAUAGAGGCUGGGGGUGGGGGGAGGUCAAGCGUAGCCUCUUCUCCUUUACCAAGAUGGCGUCUUGUUCCUGUUUCGCCACAGUUCCUACCUUAUGAGCUUGGUUUCCUCGCGCUAAUAAGAGAGGAACAGUAAAAGCUGGCAGGCUGACAGAGGCAACCUCGGGACGGACUUUCUGGCUACUGACCAUUUUGCUGUGUCUUACUAGGAUUGUGUGUGGACGUGAGAUCAACCAUGAGCUCCGUUGCAGUUUUGACCCAAGAGAGUUUUGCUGAACAUCGAAGUGGGCUGGUUCCACAACAAAUCAAAGUUGCCACUUUAAAUUCAGAAGAGGAAAGCGACCCGCCAACCUACAAGGAUGCCUUCCCUCCACUUCCUGAGAAAGCAGCUUGCUUGGAAAGUGCCCAAGAACCUGCUGGAGCCUGGAGUAACAAGAUCCGGCCCAUCAAGGCCUCUGUCAUCACUCAGGUGUUUCAUGUACCCCUGGAAGAGAGAAAAUACAAGGACAUGAACCAAUUUGGAGAAGGAGAACAAGCAAAAAUCUGCCUUGAGAUCAUGCAGAGGACUGGUGCUCAUCUGGAGCUCUCUCUGGCCAAAGACCAAGGCCUCUCCAUCAUGGUCUCAGGGAAGCUGGACGCGGUCAUGAAAGCCCGGAAGGACAUUGUUGCUAGACUGCAAACACAGGCCUCAGCAACGGUUACCAUUCCUAAAGAACACCAUCGCUUUGUCAUUGGCAAAAAUGGAGAGAAACUGCAAGACUUAGAACUAAAAACUGCAACCAAAAUCCAGAUCCCACGCCCAGAUGACCCCAGUAAUCAGAUCAAAAUCACUGGCACCAAAGAAGGCAUUGAGAAAGCUCGUCAUGAGGUCCUUCUCAUCUCUGCUGAACAGGACAAGCGUGCUGUAGAGAGGCUAGAAGUGGAGAAGGCCUUCCACCCCUUCAUUGCUGGGCCAUACAAUAGACUUGUGGGUGAGAUCAUGCAGGAGACAGGGACUCGUAUCAACAUCCCUCCACCCAGUGUUAACCGGACAGAAAUCGUCUUCACCGGAGAGAAGGAGCAGCUUGCUCAGGCCGUGGCUCGUAUUAAGAAGAUUUAUGAGGAAAAGAAGAGGAAGACUACAACCAUUGCAGUAGAAGUGAAGAAGUCUCAGCACAAGUAUGUCAUCGGGCCAAAGGGCAAUUCAUUGCAAGAGAUCCUGGAGAGAACUGGAGUUUCUGUCGAGAUCCCACCCUCAGACAGCAUCUCUGAAACUGUCAUCCUUCGUGGUGAGCCUGAGAAGUUGGGACAGGCGUUGACUGAAGUCUAUGCCAAGGCCAACAGUUUUACAGUUUCCUCAGUCUCUGCCCCUUCCUGGCUUCACCGUUUCAUCAUUGGUAAGAAAGGGCAGAACCUGGCCAAAAUCACUCAGCAAAUGCCAAAGGUUCACAUUGAGUUCACAGAAGGUGAGGACAAGAUCACCCUGGAGGGCCCCACGGAGGAUGUGAGUGUAGCCCAAGAACAGAUUGAAGGAAUGGUCAAAGACCUGAUUAAUCGGAUGGACUAUGUAGAGAUCAACAUUGACCAUAAAUUCCACAGACACCUCAUUGGAAAGAGUGGAGCUAACAUCAACAGAAUCAAAGACCAGUACAAGGUGUCUGUGCGCAUCCCUCCCGACAGCGAGAAGAGUAACCUGAUCCGGAUUGAGGGAGACCCACAGGGCGUGCAACAGGCCAAGCGGGAACUGCUGGAGCUCGCCUCUCGAAUGGAAAAUGAGCGUACCAAGGAUCUAAUCAUUGAGCAAAGAUUUCAUCGCACAAUCAUUGGGCAGAAAGGUGAACGAAUUCGUGAAAUUCGUGACAAAUUCCCAGAGGUUAUCAUCAACUUUCCAGACCCAGCACAAAAAAGUGAUAUCGUGCAACUCAGAGGCCCCAAGAACGAGGUGGAGAAAUGCACUAAGUACAUGCAGAAGAUGGUUGCAGACCUGGUGGAAAAUAGCUAUUCAAUUUCUGUACCGAUCUUCAAACAGUUUCACAAGAAUAUCAUUGGGAAAGGAGGCGCAAACAUUAAAAAGAUUCGUGAAGAAAGCAACACCAAGAUUGACCUUCCUGCAGAGAACAGCAACUCUGAGACCAUUGUCAUCACUGGCAAGAGAGCCAACUGUGAAGCUGCCCGGAGCCGGAUCCUGUCUAUCCAGAAAGACCUGGCCAACAUAGCUGAGGUGGAGGUCUCAAUCCCUGCCAAACUUCACAACUCUCUCAUUGGCACAAAGGGCCGUCUGAUCCGCUCCAUCAUGGAGGAAUGUGGUGGAGUCCACAUUCACUUUCCUGUGGAGGGCUCUGGAAGUGACACAGUUGUCAUCAGGGGUCCCUCCUCAGAUGUAGAGAAGGCCAAGAAGCAGCUCCUGCACCUGGCUGAGGAGAAGCAAACCAAGAGUUUUACCGUGGACAUCCGAGCCAAGCCAGAAUACCACAAAUUCCUCAUUGGCAAAGGAGGAGGUAAAAUCCGAAAGGUGCGUGACAGUACUGGAGCCCGAAUCAUAUUCCCAGCUGCUGAGGAUAAAGACCAGGACCUGAUCACAAUCAUAGGGAAGGAGGAUGCUGUCCGUGAGGCCCAGAAGGAGCUGGAAGCACUGAUCCAGAACCUGGAUAAUGUGGUUGAAGACUACAUGCUGGUGGAGCCCAAGCACCACCGCCAUUUUGUUAUCCGAAGAGGGCAGGUAUUACGAGAGAUUGCUGAAGAAUAUGGUGGGGUGAUGGUCAGCUUCCCACGCUCAGGCACACAGAGUGACAAAGUCACCCUCAAGGGUGCCAAGGACUGUGUGGAGGCAGCCAAAAAGCGCAUUCAGGAAAUCAUUGAGGAUCUGGAAGCUCAAGUGACGGUGGAAUGUGCUAUCCCUCAGAAGUUCCAUCGAUCUGUCAUGGGCCCCAAAGGUUCAAGAAUCCAGCAGAUCACUAGGGACUUCAAUGUUCAAAUUAAGUUCCCAGACAGAGAGGAGAACCCAGUUCACAGUGUAGAGCCCUCCAUCCAGGAGAAUGGAGAUGAGGCUGGAGAGGGCAGAGAGGCCAAAGAGACUGACCCUGGCUCUCCCAGGAGGUGUGACAUCAUCAUCAUCUCUGGCCGGAAAGAGAAAUGCGAGGCUGCCAAGGAAGCUCUGGAGGCCCUGGUUCCCGUCACCAUUGAGGUAGAGGUGCCCUUUGAUCUUCACCGCUAUGUCAUUGGGCAGAAAGGAAGUGGAAUCCGCAAGAUGAUGGAUGAAUUUGAGGUGAAUAUACAUGUACCAGCUCCCGAACUGCAGUCAGACAUCAUCGCUAUCACUGGCCUCGCAGCACAUUUGGACAGGGCUAAGAUGGGGCUGUUGGAGCGAGUAAAGGAGCUGCAGGCUGAGCAGGAAGACCGGGCUUUAAGGAGUUUUAAGCUGAGCGUCACUGUAGACCCCAAAUACCAUCCCAAAAUUAUUGGGAGAAAGGGGGCAGUGAUCACCCAGAUCCGCUUGGAGCAUGACGUGAACAUCCAGUUUCCUGAUAAAGAUGAUGGGAACCAGCCUCAGGACCAAAUCACCAUCACAGGGUAUGAGAAGAACACUGAAGCUGCCCGUGAUGCUAUCUUGAAAAUUGUGGGUGAGCUAGAGCAGAUGGUUUCUGAGGAUGUCCCACUGGACCACCGUGUGCAUGCCCGCAUCAUUGGUGCUCGAGGCAAAGCCAUCCGCAAAAUCAUGGAUGAGUUCAAGGUGGACAUACGCUUCCCACAGAGUGGGGCUCCAGACCCCAACUGUGUCACUGUGACAGGACUCCCGGAGAAUGUGGAGGAAGCUAUCGACCACAUCCUCAACCUAGAGGAGGAAUAUCUGGCUGAUGUGGUGGACAGCGAGGCUCUGCAGGGUUACAUGAAGCCCCCAGUACAUGAAGAGUCCAAGGCACCGUCCAAAGGCUUCGUGGUGCGAGACGCUCCCUGGACCUCCAACAGCGAGAAGGCUCCUGAUAUGAGCAGCUCUGAAGAAUUUCCCAGUUUUGGGGCUCAAGUGGCUCCCAAGACCCUCCCUUGGGGCCCCAAACGAUAAUGAUCAAAAAGAAACCUUUCCAGCCUGCUGCCCAAACCCAACCACACAAUGGUUUGUCUCAAUCUGACCCAGCAGCUGGACCCUCGUAAAUUGUUGAUGCUCUUCCCCCUCCCCGAGGUCUUGCAGCAAAGCCUGGUGGGCCGGCCUUGUGUGGCUGCUUCUCCAGGCCUGGUCAGCACCCAGCAGGCUCAGGGGUCUGCUCCUGAUGCUGUGCUCUGGGACAGGCACGCCACUGUGUGAAACACUAAGCAAGGUAAUCGAGCAUUUCGUGAUCACAGACUCCAGCUUCCUGGUCCACCCAGCAUGUAGUCAGCACUCUGACCUUCACACCAGAGCUCCACGGCGGCUAGGAGCUGACUUCCUGUGUCAUGACCUCAGGAAAUAAAUUUCCUUGACUUUAUAAAAGCCAAAACGUUUGCCCUCUUCCUUUCCCACCUCCCUCCUGCCCGCCACCUGUCACCCAGACCUUCCUCUUUGUGGAAAGCAGUCAGCUUCCAUUAGCUGUCAAAAUCUGCUUAGCACGGGCUACAGGAUAGGAGGAAGGCAUGUUUUUGGACAGCAAGAGGUCAGAUGUCCUGGUGAUAGAGUGGGCCGAGAGGUAGAGGGUGACCUGGGUCCUCAGAUGACACCCACUUUGGGUUCUGAAAGCAUCAGGGGGCUUCUCCUGCAGUUCCAGCCUCACAAGCUGGUAUGUGCAGCCUAGAGGCACAGCUGUGUGUAUGCCAUCUGGGUUCCCUGUGGCUGUCACAGUGGACUGGGGUGGCUUGAGACUUUGGGGGCAAGGGGAGGUAGAGACUAGCUUCUCUUUGGUAGUGGGAGAGGGCUUGACCUUAAGUGAUAGCUCCGCUUUCCUACAACCCAUAGCCUGUGCCUGACCAGACACCGCGUGUUCAGCUGCCUUCUUUCUACCUCAGCCAGUGUGGUAGUACUCUCAUGUGGUUAGUGCCACCCCCAAGGCUCCUCCUGAUUUAGACUUUUCUGGUGGUUCUGGGUUUGCCAUUGAGUUGAGGAGGGUGACAGCUUGUGCUUUCCCUCAGCCCACAUGAUUCAGGGCUGGUCCAGAGCAGGGUGCUCAUUCCCAGCCAGCCUGACCAUGUAGGCUCUGGCAGGCAUACCUGGAUGCUUUCUGCAGUCCUGAGGGACAGGCUUAAGGGCAGGUAUCAUCAGUCGAGGUUGUCAUUGAGCAUGGAGUAAAAGGAAAGGCAGAAUGAAAACAAAGGACCCAGCACAGGGGGUGCUGUAGCUGGGGGAGGCCUUUUCUCCGGUGCAAGAGCUAGCUUGGAGCACUGGCCCCAGCUAGCACAGCUUUAGGCCAGCCCUCACCAGGAAAAGUGCUCCCCAGCAGAAGUGUCCCUCUUGUGUUGUGGAGACUGAGGACAGGUCUUUUAUCUCCAGGUCAUCUGAUCAAUUAGCAACAUGUCCUGCCCCAGAUACUUGGGUUCCUAGAAAAGCCAACCUGUGCCCAUCUCAUGGCCUUCCCUGGGAACUGUCACUGUACUGUGACACCUUCCCCAAGUCUCUCACUCUCUGUUUAGUAACUCAGGCUUGGCCGCCUGUAGACUAACUCCUAAGUGGACCCAGAACUGCUUUUCUAAGUCUAACUUCAGUUCCCUGUAGAUGAAACAGCCCCAUGCACCCAUUUCUAAGGAUGACACUGAGAUGGGAAAGAACAUCUACUUUGCACAGUAGGCUGGCAGCUUGAGCCAGGUGGGUGAGACAGGGAGAGGGCUUUCCCUGGAGCUGUCUUUUCUCCCAUCUGCAUGACACUGGGGACACCUUGCUUCCCUCCUGCCCUUCCAGCCCCUCAUCCUCUUCAUUGUCAUCCUACAACACCCAGUCUCUUCCUUCCCCAGAAGGUAAAGUUGAAGUGAUCACCGGGAUUUUGCACAUCUCCAUUUAUUGCUAAGUGCUGUAGAUGUAAGCCCUACCCUACACUGUUCAGGGUCUCGCUCCUUUUCUCUGAUUGUUAAUAAGGACUAUGAAAUUGACUGUGCCCAGGUCACCUCCCUGCAGCCUCCAAGCUGUUGAGGGGCCUAGGCAGGGGUGGGGAGUGUCCUUUCCUCCUUGUUGAAUGUCUUCCAUGUCCUAUGUUUCCAUAGCUACAUCCAUCCCUUGGCCUUAACUUUGGAAUUUGGAGAUUAUAUGCAAACAUGUGUAAAGGCUCAUGAAUAUGGAUGACACUGGAAUUUUAUAAAUUCUAAAAUAAAACCCGAAACCAGA